CGUAAACCAUGGAACGUAAGGUUAUAAUUUACUCCGGAGCUGGCUAAGUAAGAAUGUCAGAUACAAUUUUUAAAAUCCAACUAUUAAGUGUGUAGGAAAGUAGUAAAAAUGUCGUGCCCGGCGGCAGUUCUGCCGCGUGUUUUUUCUGCGAUACAAAAUGUAAAUACGAAAGAAUUAGCGCAAUGUACGGAGAGGGAAGUAAGACCAAUUUUGCCGUGCUUGGUUAGGAUGAGCCUAAUUUCUCCACUUGAUAUAACACAAGAAUGUGUCGAGGCUAGAAAAGAAAUUCUUACAAUACUCUCUGCAAUUGAAUCAGUCAAUGCUAUUGUUGGUUUACUUUCGAUUGAUUUUCAUGGUUUGGAACUUGAUGUCCGGCGAGAACAACAGUUGAGGCAAAAACUGGGAAACACUCAAACCGACAGUGUCCUCGCCCAAUCUCUGCAAAGUGGUCUUGCCCUAGAAUUCGAGCGAAGCGAGGCAUCUCGUCGAAUUCGCCUCGUCCUCAGCGAAAUUCUCUUCAUCGCCUCUCAAAUCCGCGAACAACAAAGGAGCCAGGACUUCCAAAUCAAACAUUCCGACCUCUUCGACAAUGCCGUCUAUAUGGAAGAAAUCACCUAUGUCAUCUGCAUUGCCCUCGCCGAACUUCCAGAGCUUCUUUCCAUUCCCGAAAUCUGUGAAACUCUCCUCCACGUGAAACACGGUCCCGAAAUAAUUUGCUGGGUCGUAGCCAACAGUCCCGACAGUUUCACCGAAGUCUGCACCUUCCUGAUCGCCAAUGGCGAACGACAAGAGGAAUCCAAUCUUGGCAGUAUCAGAACUAAAGCCCUGACGAUGCUCUGCAGAAUGAAUCCAAGUCAAGCUCUCGCCGUCCGAGCGAAAUGUGUCGAACUUUGCAGAAUGCCAGCCCUCGCAAUCACUCUCAGUCUUGAAAACGAAUCCUUAAGUAAUUCUCCCUUCGAAAGCGACAUGGUUGCUUUCGUUUCCGGUUUGCUGCUCGGCAACGAUCAGCAAGUUAGAAAUUGGAUUGCCAUGUUCAUCAGGAAUGGCCAGAAAAGAAAAGGGGAAUCACACACGGCUUUGCAAUCUCUAAGGGAGGAAUUAUUGAGAAGGCUACAAAAUAUCGUAUCACACAGUUCAGAUUGUCAGUUAGCUGAAUCUCAUGUUGUGCAAGCGAGCGCACUUCUAAGACUUUACUGCGCUUUGAGAGGAAUAGGAGGUAUUAAAUUUCAGGAUGAUGAAGUUUCUAUGAUUGUGAAAUUGCUAACUUCACAUCCUCCACCUUCGCCAGCAGGAGUCAGGUUUGUUUCGUUAGGUCUGUGUAUGCUCAUCGCGUGUCCUUCACUGAUUGGACACCCAAAUCUGGAGAAGAAAAGCAUUGAAUGGGUUCAAUGGUUGGUGCGAGAGGAAGCUUAUUUCGAAAGUGCGAGUGGUGUUUCUGCAAGCUUUGGAGAAAUGCUUUUGCUGAUGGCUAUUCAUUUUCACAGUAAUCAACUAUCAGCGAUUUGCGAACUAGUUUGCGCGACUCUUGGAAUGAAGAUUCCGAUCCGACCGAAUAAUCUGACGAGGAUGAAGCAGAUUUUCAUGCUGGAGAUUUUUACUGAACAGGUCGUCACUGCUCAUGCUGUCAAGGUUCCUGUGACUGCGAAUCUCAACGCGAAUAUUCCUGGAUUUCUACCGGUUCAUUGUAUCCAUCAGUUGUUGAAAUCCCGGGCUUUUGCGAAACACAAGGUUCCGAUUAAAAACUGGAUUUAUAGACAAAUCUGCGACAGCGUUCCACCUUUACAUCCGGUCUUGCCUGCCCUGGUCGAGGUUUAUGUCAAUUCGAUUUUGGUCACGAAUAAUAAAACCUCGGAGCAUACAAAUAAACCGAUUACCGAAGACGAGAUCCGGAAGGUCUUCCAGAAUAGUGUUUUUGGAGCGAAUUUUGAUGCGAAGAAAAGCGUGAUGAGCAUGGUGGAAAUGGAAACGGAUUAUAUGGAUGUGGAUACCUCGCAGCCUUCUUUAACAUCACAGCUCCUCUUUUUGUAUUAUUUGUUGCUCUACGAAGACGUGAGACUGUCGAAUAUGCACCAUUUUAUUUCCCAAGGAAAGAAGGUGAAGUCAUAUUCGACUGAUUUUCUUUCUGAGUUGCCGAUAAAAUAUCUUUUGCAGCAAGUGCAGAGGGAUCAGAUGAGUUAUGCUGGUUUGUUUUCACCCCUUCUGAGAUUACUCGCGAUGCAUUUUCCACAUUUAUCCUUAGUGGACGACUGGCUUGAUGACGAGGUGAUUAAUGUUGAUUCGGUAACGACGAAUCAGGAAAAAGUUGCGAUUAAUGAUACUUCAAUUAUUGAAGCUUUUGGACAUAUAAGGACAUGUGCUUCGAGAACUGGGAGAUUAUUGAGGCAUCUGUUGUCCAUGAAACCUUCGGAUAUUUGGCCACAUGCGGAAAUUAUUAUACAUUAUUUCAAGACGAUCCUGGAUGAGAAAGUUCCUAGGUAUAUUCAAGAAUUGUACAAACAAGUAUGGCUGAGACUGAAUACCGUAUUACCAAGAUGUCUAUGGGUUUUGUCAAUAAAUGCAUUAUUGAUAGAAAACUCAACAGUUAAAAACGUCUUCCUAACUCAAGAAAAUAUUGUCCUAGAUCCACUACAAGUAUUGCGUUGCGAUAUUAGAGUUUUUCGAUGUGCUCCCGUCUUGUCCGUGAUUCUACGUAUCCUACAAGCGACUUUAGCAGCUUCAAAAUCUCAACUAUCAAGACACAUGCAAGACAGGCCCCUAACAGAAAAAACAGGCCAAUUGACAAGUGAAGCCGAAAGAGAAGAUCUCAGAACUGCUUUGGUAGGUGCGCAAGAGAGUGCAGCUGUUCAAAUUCUUUUGGAGGCGUGCUUAGAAACCGAAGAAGAUCGAACAGUUCCUGGACGAAUGUGGUCUCUCAGAGAAAUAAGAAGCGUCGUUUGCUCUUAUUUGCAUCAGAUUUUUAUCGCUGAUCCCUCGUUGGCGAAACUAGUUCACUUCCAGGGAUAUCCAAGGGAACUCCUGCCAAUCACCGUUUCAGGAAUACCAUCAAUGCACAUUUGUCUCGACUGGAUUCCCGAAUUACUUUCGCAACCUGAACCAGAGAAACAAGUAUUUGCCGUCGAUUUAGCAUCGCACCUGGCAGUUCAAUACGCACUUCCAAAAGCUCUGAGUGUGUCGCGGUUAGCUAUCAAUACCCUGAUAACUUUACUGGGAGUUUUACCCGCCAAAGAUAGAGUUAUUCUCUUCAUGCCGGUUUUAUCAGCCCUGACAAGGAUUUGUUUAGCUUUCCCCCCAUUGGCAGAAGACACGACGGGUUUGCUUCUUCAACUCGGAAGAGUCAGUUCUGCUCAAGCAGCUUUAGGGGAUAAAUCUGCUGAGAAAUUGUGCCAAGCAGUAAAUUCGACAUUCUCAUCUCUAUUGCAGAAAUCAAUUCUCCAAUCGAGGGUUUACUAAACCAAUUUGUAAAUUCUGUACAUAGACUUUAUUGUAUUGAGAAUACAAGGAAGAACUUAAUGUAAAAACUCCUACACGAUUUAGAAGUGUAGAAUUAAUGUUAAUAAAUUAAUCUUGGAGAAAAUUAA